UCUUAUUUAAUAAGACGGUUGAUUACAUCAACAGAUACACUUCCUGGUAAUGGGUUUUAGAGUAUCAUAUGACUGAUGAUAAUUGUUCUUUAGUUUGAACCAUAGAAUUCUCAGAACAGGACUCAAGUCAAAGUGAACAAUUCUCUGGAAACACAAUGGAGGGUGUAAGGUCAUCUGAUGGCCACAGCAACUCUACUUUUUGCCCUGGAUCUUUCAGUCCAUUGGGGGAUCACUUUGGACUCAGAACCAAGAUCUUGUGUUAAGGUUUUCACUUUGCCCCACUUACACAUUCUUUGUUUCCUAACUCCAGUUAGAAUAGAGAGCUUGAUGAGUUACAAGCGUCAGGGAAGGGACAGGAACCGUGCCACCAAAAUUCAGUAGCAGAGGCGGGGAUCGGACAAGGGGAGCAGAAACACAUAGCUGUAAGUGGGUGUGUCUGCUUCAAGAAUGGGUGAAACCGAAAGAGGCUGAGGGACGGAAGGAAAGAGCGAGAACGGAAAGAAUCCCAGGAUAAUAGUGUGGUCAUAGGGAAACAGUAAGUAAAGGGUUUGGAGAGGCGGAACAAAAGUGUCCUGUAGGCAAAAGAAACUCUUUGCACGCCUCCGCCCGAAGGAGGCGGGACGACCAGCGGGGACUACAAAUCCCGGCAGGCCCCGGGACUCGGAGCCCGCUCGCCACACCGCGCAAAGCCUGCUGGGGGCCGGUUGCCGCGGCCAAGAUGUCGCUGAUCAAGAAAAGAAAGCUGGAGUCGGGGGGUGGCGGCGCAGGAGGGGAGGGAGCCGGGGAGGAAGAUGGCGGGGAGCAGGAGGCAGCCCCGCCACGACCCCGGAGGACUAAGCGCGAGCGAGACCAGCUGUACUACGAGUGCUACUCCGACGUAUCGGUCCACGAGGAGAUGAUCGCCGACCGCGUCCGCACCGACGCCUACCGCCUGGGCAUCCUGCGGAACUGGGCCGCGCUGCGAGGCAAGACCGUGCUGGACGUGGGCGCGGGUACCGGCAUUCUGAGCAUCUUCUGCGCCCAGGCCGGUGCCCGGCGCGUGUACGCGGUGGAGGCCAGCGCCAUCUGGCAACGCCGGGAGGUCGUGCGGCUCAACGGGUUGGAGGACCGCGUGCACGUCCUGCCGGGCCCGGUGGAGACGGUGGAGCUGCCGGAGCAGGUGGACGCCAUCGUGAGCGAAUGGAUGGGCUACGGACUUCUGCACGAGUCCAUGCUGAGCUCCGUGCUGCACGCGCGGACCAAAUGGCUGAAGGAGGGCGGUCUCCUCCUGCCAGCUUCCGCGGAGCUUUUCGUGGCCCCGAUUAGCGACCAGAUGCUGGAAUGGCGCCUGGGUUUCUGGAGCCAGGUGAAACAGCACUACGGCGUGGACAUGAGCUGCCUGGAAAGCUUCGCCACGCGCUGCCUCAUGGGCCACUCGGAGAUCGUGGUGCAGGGUCUGUCCGGCGAGGACGUGCUGGCCCGGCCGCAGCGUUUUGCCCAGCUCGAGCUGGCCCGCGCCGGCCUGGAGCAAGAGCUGGAGGCCGGUGUAGGCGGGCGCUUCCGCUGCAGCUGCUAUGGCUCCGCGCCUCUGCAUGGUUUUGCCAUCUGGUUUCAGGUGACCUUCCUGGAGGGGACUCGGAGAAACCCGGUGCUGUCCACCUCGCCCUUUCACCCGGCCACUCACUGGAAGCAGGCGCUCCUCUACCUGAAUGAGCCGGUGCCGGUGGAACAAGAUACGGACAUUUCAGGGGAGAUCACUCUGCUGCCCUCCCGGGACAACCGACGCCUGCGCGUGCUUCUGCGCUACAAAGUGGGGGACCAGGAGGAAAAGACCAAAGACUUUGCCAUGGAGGACUGAGCAUUGCCUUUUCGCCCAUCCACCUUCUUCGGAAAAGAAAAGGAGAUCUGUGCAAGUCGGAGACAUAUUUGUCUCCUCUUCCUCACCGUUUCUGGGAAAGGGAGAGUGACUUCAGUCUUCAUUUGAGGACAUUCUUCUGGCAGUGUUUAUUUAAAAAGUACUGUUCACAGUAUCAGCAUGGCUGUACAAAAGGAGCAAUAUAUGCCACUGAGUACCAAAGAAUCCAGAGGAGCGCCACGGCCUUUGGGAUGAACACACUUGGGAGGGAUGAAAGCCUGAGGUGUGUGGACACCCAGGCACUGUUGAUGCAAUAUGUAGACUAGGACUGGUAAUGUGGAGCCCUUAGGCUCCAGGUCUGGAUUA